AUGAUGCUAUGUUUAUCCCGUGCUACACGUUUAGUCCGAUUGAUAACAAAUACAUCUUCAAAAUAUCGGUGCAAAGCAGAUGAUGUUUCAGCGUCAUUUGAAAGCAGAAUUAAGACAGGACCAGGGUUAAAAGAUUUUAUAAUAACACCUGAAACUGAAAUCGUUACUCAUCCACCAUACAUACCUUAUUUGCCUGAUUUUAUUCAGGAUACAUCUAAACGAAAAGUUUUCUUUGAUGUAUAUGGAUGUCAGAUGAAUUUAAACGAUACCGAAAUUGUUUGGUCAAUUUUGAAGAAAGAGGGGUUUGAGAAAACUGCUGUCGAAGAGGACGCUGAUAUAUUCCUUGUAAUGACUUGUGCUAUCCGAGAAGGAGCUGAGACUAAGAUAUGGCACCGAUUAGAUCAUUUAAGAGGUUUUAAAAGAAGACGAGCACUAUCAAAAAAUAGAGAUAGACCUGUAAAGAUUGGCAUUUUAGGUUGUAUGGCUGAAAGGCUAAAAGAGAUGUUAAUUGAGAAAGAAAAGGCUGUUGAUAUUGUGGCAGGUCCUGACAGCUACAGAGACCUACCAAGACUUCUAGCUCUCACAGAAAAUGGGCAAACAGCUGUAAAUGUACUGCUUUCUCUUGAUGAAACAUAUGCUGAUGUUGUUCCAGUUAGGUUAAACAAGGAUAGUGUGUCAGCAUUUAUUUCAAUAAUGCGUGGUUGUGAUAACAUGUGUACAUACUGUAUAGUUCCUUUUACUAGAGGUCGAGAAAGGUCUCGCCCAAUAGACUCCAUUGUAGAAGAAGUUAGACAACUGUCAGAACAAGGAGUAAAGGAGGUGACUCUUUUGGGUCAAAAUGUGAACAGUUACAGAGACACCACACAGCAAACUGAAAAAUAUGACACACAAUUGGCUAAAGGUUUCAAAACAGUGUACAAAAGUAAGAAAGGAGGGCUACGCUUUGCAGAUUUGUUGGACAAAGUGUCGUCUGUGGACUCCGAGAUGAGGAUAAGGUUCACUGCAGCUCAUCCCAAAGAUUUUCCUGAUGAGGUGUUACAAGUGAUAAGAGAGCGUCCGAACAUCUGUAAGAUGUUGCAUCUUCCAGCUCAGUCUGGUUCCAGCAGUGUGCUGGAGCGAAUGCGGCGAGGGUACACGAGGGAGGCUUAUCUUUCCUUAGUGAGACAUGUCCGGGAUAAUAUACAGGGUGUGGGCCUCUCGACGGACAUGAUCUGUGGCUUCUGUGGUGAAACAGAAGAGGAGUUCGAAGAAACCUUGACGCUCAUGGAAGAAGUGGAUUACAAUGUCGCCUUCCUCUUUCCCUACAGCAUGAGAGAGAAAACGGCUGCUUAUCGUCGAUACGAAGACGACGUUCCCGAACAAAUAAAGAAAGAGCGCCACAACAGGAUGGUCGAGCUCUAUCGACGGAAAUGUGAGGAAAUAAACAGAAAGGAAAUUGGCAACAAUCACCUCGUUUUGGUCGAAGGGAUCGCCCCGAAGUCGGGGAAGAUAUUGGGCAGAAACGAAUUUUACCUCAAAGUGUUGUUUGAUCAGAGAGAAAUCCCGUCAAGUGAGGGCAUGAGGGAGGUGAAGCCGGGGGAUUACGUUAGUGUAAGAAUAAGUGCGGCGAAGGCGUCGGUUUUCCACGGAGAAGCCCUUUGUCAUAGCAGUAUUGAGGAGUUUUAUAGGAACACGAGUUGGGCAGAGAGACAGAACAUGUAA